AGCCGGGCAGCAGCCAGCCGGAGCCGCCGGGCGAGGCGCGGCGCGAUCAUGGCCAAGACCCGCAAGGAGCGGAACAGCUGGGGCGGCUUUUCAGAGAAGAACUACGAAUGGAGCUCAGAGGAGGAAGAUGCUGAGAAGAAGGCUCGGCCGGUGCAAGUCCUCAUCGUGAAAGACGACCACUCCUUUGAGCUGGACGAAGCCGCCCUCAACCACAUUUUGCUUUCGGAAUCUGUCCGAGAUCGGGAAGUGGUGGCUGUAUCCGUGGCAGGGGCUUUUCGGAAAGGGAAGUCGUUCCUGAUGGACUUCAUGCUGAGAUAUAUGUACAACAUGGAGCUGGUUGACUGGGUUGGGGAUUACAAUGAGCCACUGACAGGCUUUUCCUGGAGAGGCGGGUCGGAGCGGGAGACGACGGGCAUCCAGAUAUGGAGCGAGAUCUUCCUUGUGGACAAGCCAGAUGGAAACAAGGUUGCUGUGCUGCUAAUGGACACUCAGGGGACCUUUGACAGCCAGUCGACCCUGCGGGAUUCAGCCACCGUCUUUGCGCUCAGCACUAUGAUCAGCUCCAUCCAGGUGUACAACUUGUCACAGAACGUACAGGAAGAUGAUCUUCAACAUUUACAGCUCUUCACAGAAUAUGGGCGGCUGGCCAUGGAGGAAACCUUCUUGAAGCCCUUCCAGUCCCUAAUAUUUCUUGUCCGUGACUGGAGCUUUCCUUACGAAUUUUCCUAUGGGGCUGAAGGUGGUGCAAAAUUUCUAGAAAAGCGUCUCAAGGUCUCUGGAAACCAGCACGAAGAGCUGCAGAAUGUCCGGAAACACAUCCACUCCUGCUUCACCCAAAUCUCCUGCUUCCUUUUACCUCAUCCGGGCUUAAAAGUGGCCACCAAUCCAAACUUCGACGGGAAGCUCAAAGAAAUUGACGGCGAUUUCAUCAAGAACUUGAAGGUGCUGAUCCCCUGGCUACUCAGCCCCGAGAGUCUGGAUGUCAAGGAGAUCAACGGAAAUCGAAUCACUUGCCGCGGCCUGGUUGAAUAUUUCAAGGCCUAUAUCAAGAUUUACCAAGGAGAAGAGCUGCCUCAUCCAAAGUCCAUGCUGCAGGCCACAGCAGAAGCAAAUAACCUGGCCGCUGUUGCCACCUCAAAGGACACUUACAGCCGGCGAAUGGAAGAAGUGUGUGGAGGCGAUAGACCUUUCCUUGCCCCCAGCGAUCUCCAGAGCAAACACCUAGAGCUUAAGGAAGAGGCGGUGCGGCAGUUCCGGAGCGUAAAAAAGAUGGGAGGCGAAGAGUUCAGCCGCCGCUACCUCCAGCAGCUGGAGAACGAGAUCGAUGAGAUCUACGUCCAGUACAUCAAGCACAACGACAGCAAGAACAUCUUCCACGCCGCCCGCACGCCGGCCACUCUCUUUGUGGUCAUCUUCAUCACUUACGUGACGGCCGGUGUCACCGGCUUCAUCGGGUUGGACAUCAUAGCCAGUCUGUGCAACAUGAUUAUGGGCCUGACCCUCAUCACCCUCUGCACUUGGGCAUACAUUAGAUAUUCCGGGGAGUACAGAGAGCUCGGGGCAGUCAUAGACCAAGUGGCUGCAGCGCUGUGGGACCAGGCUUUGUACAAACUUUACAGCGCGGCAGCCACGCACAGACACUUGUACCAUCAUGCUUUCCCCACGGCACAGAAGACAGAGCCCGCCGAAGGCACGGAAAAGAAGACCAUGUAACCCAGAUGCUUUCCACAGAGGUGCAUGAAAACACAUCAUUAAACAUGUUAAUUGUUGCAUCCAUGUUCAGCCCUCUGACACUCCUCGAAAUGGGGGGGGGACAGAGGAGAGUGGUAACUCAUUCACGUGUACCAAUGGCUUAAGUGUGGCUGCUUUAAUUUGGACGAUGCCCUGUUUGAAGCGGGACGAGUCAGCAUGCCUGUCACUUCCUUAAGAACACCAUGGCUUCAUUUCGUUGCAGGCAGGGGUGUUCUCAGCGCCCCACAUUUAAAACCCUUUCAAGUAUUGACCUUGACCCCAGAGGUACAGGCAGACUGUUGCUUUGUACCUGCUUGCAGAUGGGGAGGGGGGGCUUCCUCCAUCCUAGGUUGGGGCCUCCGGAGUCAUACCCGCUACGGCAGGCGGGCCUGUCCCCUUUGGGCACACGGAGGCUUUUUUGGACCCACGCUGAAAUAAUGAGUACAGCUGCUAGCCUUAUUCGAAAGAGAUCCUGCCUCAAUAUUCUGAUUUGCGCACAAAAGGUUUUGAUUUUUCUUCAUCAAAGCUGUGAUUGACAAUUCGUUCACUUGAAAUGAUUUCCUUGUCAGAAGUUGCAAAGAAUAUGUCCUUUACUAUGGUACGCUGAAGAUAUGGGAAGUAUCCCUCAUUUCAUUCAGAAUGCACAAAAUAUGAACCCUUUGUAUAUGUAUGAGUGUCACUGUAUAUAUUUUUGUUCAGUUCGUAUAGAGUGUGCCCCGUUUUUAUUUUGUCGUCAAACAAUUAAAAGUUUGCUUUUGGUUCCUAA